AACUGCCAAACUAGAUAGGUACCCUUUUGGGGGAAUGACAUAUUAAAAGGGUCAUAUGCAUAACAAAUGCUAUCUUCUCACCUCCUCAUUAAUUGACCUUUACAACAGUUUCCAGGAAAUAAGAAAACUUUUUUUUUUUCCUUGGCAAAAUGCUUUCUGAAGGAUAUUGAAAUUCUGGGCAAGUUUCAAGGCCUUGAUUUUCAAAUGAAUCGAUUAGGUUUGCAGUUCCUGCAUCUGCUUUUUGUGUUAAAAAUCUUCUCUGUUAAAGCACAAUUUAAUCCAGUCACAGAUGAAGCAUCUUCACAAGAUAGUGUCUCGAAUUUCCGACCGAGUCUUGCUGUUGUUAUAGGAAUACUCUGCAUCAUGUUUUUUCUGACAUUUAUCCUCCUUGUCUAUGCCAAAUUCUGCCGGGGAUCAGGAGCUUCUGUUCAAGGUGCUUUGCAGAAUCUUCCUGCACUUGUUCGAUCAACUUCACAAUAUUCUGGAGUUGAUAAGACAGUGAUAGAGUCGCUUCCUUUCUUCAGAUUCUCCUCUUUGAAAGGAUCAAAGAAUGGACUUGAAUGUGUUGUCUGCCUGUCGAAAUUCGAAGAUAUUGAAGUUCUUCGUUUGCUGCCCAAAUGCAAACAUGCCUUUCACAUUAACUGUGUUGAUCAAUGGCUUGAAAAACAUUCAAGUUGCCCUCUUUGCAGGUGCAAGGUCAGCGCUGAAGACCCAGCAAUCUUCUCAUAUUCAAAUAGCAUGCGAUUCUAUGGAAAUCAAUCAGAUCAUCAAGAGGACUCAAAUGUAGAGUUAUUUGUCCAGAGAGAAGAAACCCAUCAAGGAUCUUCAAGAUUUAGCAUUGGAAGCAGCUUCAGAAAAGUUGACAAGUUUAACAACAAGGAUGAAGAAGCAUUAAUCCGACAAGAAGCUGAUGGUUCUGAUGAUGAUCAGAAGAUCUUACAUAAGUUUAAUCACAAGAUUAUUAUAUCCGAUGUUGUCCUAAAAAAUAGAUGGAGCAGUGUGAGUUCUUCUGAUCUGAUGUUCUUGAACUCAGAGAUGCUUCAGGACAUGUCAAGCAACAGAUUCUCUUCUUUGGACUGGAAGAACAAUGAGCAAUUCACGACAGCAAAAGCCAUUGAAGACAAGCAAAUAAUGAAGAUCAAGGAACAGAUGGAGAUGAAAAGAUUGUUUGAAAACAAGGUUAGAACAAUUGAUUAUUACACUGCAGAUUCAUUCCCAGGUCAUCCUUCUACAUCAGAUUCAAAUGCAAUUUCAAGUCACAGUAUUAUGAAUUCAGCUGAGAGAAGAUCAGUAUCUGAAAUCACAGCUCUUUCAAGAUUUAGAAAUCUGAGUAUUAGGAAUACAAUCAGAGAGUCUUUUUCAGGUGAAAACAAUAGAUACGAGGAAAGACAACGUCGGCUUUGGUUGCCAAUUGCAAGAAGAACAGUUCAAUGGUUUGCAAAUAGAGAGAGAAGAUCUCAACCGACCAAGAACACGACACAGACAUUGGAUGUAUAAAAAAGAUUUCAUCUCUAUCUCCUUUGUUGUUUUUUUUUUUUUUUUUU